AAAGCGGGCGUUUCAAGCUCAAAGGCCCUUUUUUUCUUCAAAAAAGUUUUUUUUAUCCAACAAAUACAACAGUACUCUAUAUUGCUGUACCAUAAAAUUGAAUAAAAUGCUUUUGAGAGUCUGGAAGGACGUUUCAAAGCACUGUUUUCGUUAUUCUUCAUCUCUUCACAAAAAUGCAAAUGUGCAAGCUCGAGUUCAACUCGCGGCUGCGUAUAGAGGAUUGAAUUCUUACGGAUUAAAUGAAGGUGUUUGUAAUCAUUUGUCAGCUAUUGCACCAUCUAAGGAAAUUGGAAGAAAUAUUAUGUUAAUCAUUCCACAUGGAUUGCAUUGGAGUGAAGUGACGCCUUCUAAUCUAAUUGGUGUGGAUCAAAAUAAUGACGUUGUUGAAGGAACGGGAAAGCCAGAAAUAACUGCAUUGUGUAUUCAUAUGGGAAUAUAUUCUGAACAUCCUGAAGUCAGAUGCAUCAUGCAUACUCACAUGCCAUAUGCAACUUCUCUUACAUGUCUUCAAAACCCAACUUUAAGAAUGAUUCAUCAAAAUUCCACUCGUUUCCAUGAAAGAAUUGCAUAUGAUUUUGGCUAUGGAGGUUUGGGAACUAGUUUCGAAGAAGGUAGACGUCUUGGCAAAGCUUUAAAGGACAAAUGUGUUCUCUUUAUGGGAAAUCACGGUGUUAUUACAACUGCAAAUUCCAUUGCUGUUGCUUUUGACAAUAUGUAUUACUUAGAAAGAGCUGCUAUGGUUCAGGUAUUAGCAUCCAGCACACAGGUCGAUCUGAAAGAAAUGGAGCUUGAAAUAGUACAGCUGACUUCAAAGCAAAUAUGGCAAGAUUUGGAUGAGUAUGCUGAAAGUCAUCUUCAAACUGUCAUAAGGCGUUUGAUGAAAGAAUGUCCAGACUUUAAUUCAGAUUAUUAAAUAAAAUACACAAUCAGUUAUUCUCCCAAGUCUUAGAUGCCAAGAAAACAAGUCAACCAAACUAAAGCUAUCUUAGUUGAAUAACUACAUCCAUCAGAAAAGGUUUAACCCCUUUGGGGCACUGUGGUUUUGUUUGAGUUCACCAUUUUUUCCCUUUUCAGUCAAUUGUUGAAGCCACUGUGUCAGUUGGCUAGGAAAAAAAUUGGUGAUUUCAAACAAAGCCACUAAUGACCUCCAAGGGUUCAAGAAGCACAUUUCUGAAGCCUCAAAUU